UGAUCCAAUGUUCCUAUCCGGGCAGUUUUUUAGACAAGCGGAUUCUUAGGUAGGACCAACAACCCUUCGUAAGAGCAAGCGAUUCGAAGCCAGUGACCUUAACCACUCAGUCAAGGAGGCUCUUAUACUUGUUAUGAUGCCACUUUUCUAAUACCUUGUAUUAGGAUGGUCUUAUUUGAUCAACUUUUAUCAUUUCACUUUUCUUUUUUUCAAAAUUUCCUGUAUAUAUCUAGAAGAUAUAUAUGUAUAAAAUUGAUAAUUUGUAAGUUUAUCUCAAGUAUCUGAAACCGGGUCGGUGGAUAGAAAUUAUGCUGAGUGUGUGAUAAUACCAACUUCAACGUUCCAUUUUAUCAAAAUCAUUAUCUAGAGAGCUGUCGCUGUGCUCAUUACAAAGUGCAACUUUUGUGAUCGCUACAUCUGUUUGAAGCCAUGAUGGGAAGAAAUGAAAUGUUUCUCUUGUUUUUUUGUCUUCUGGUGCGGUUCCCCGGAAUUAAUGCAACGAAUUUAACAAGGAGUGAUCUACUACGGCGUUUAACUAACGAGACAACAUAUGACCCGAAUUAUCCUCCAGGCUAUGAUGAAGGAAAAACAAACGCAGUGAUCGUGCAGCUUGAUAUUUUUGAUAUGACUUCAGUCAGUGAACAAGAUAUGGAAUAUACAAUAAUGAUGCUUAUGAGGAUGCAGUGGCAAGAUGAGCGAUUAGCAUUCAAAGAAAUCGCAAACUACAGCCGACUUGAUCUAACAGGGGAAAGGGUCGCUCUGGUUUGGACACCAGACCUGUAUAUAAGGAAUGAGAGAAAAACGGAUGCACAUUCAUUUAUAAAAGCUGAAGAGCUUGUUUACAUUGAUCCUGAUGGGAUUAUUACAUUACAUUUUCGCAAUAACUAUUUCGCGGGAUGA